AUGGUUCAACAACCGGCACUCGAUCCAGAUCAUCGGCUAAAGCUUUCAUUCAUCGGCGGCUCAAUACUAACGGGACUCUCGAUCUGGGGUAUCAAAUCAAGCUACAAGAAAUACUUUCAUCGGAUCCGUAACGCGGACUAUGUUACCCCCGACAUGCUCAAAUCUUCGUCUCGUUCCAUUACGCGCCCAGGCUUACGGAUAAAGGGAUUCGUGACCAGCGUAGGAGAUGCAGAUAACUUCCGCUUAUAUCACACACCCGGCUUUGGAUGGAAUUGGCUACGAAAUGUUCCAAAGAAGAAAACAGAUCUGAAGGACAUGACCAUUCAUAUUCGUCUAGCGGGAGUUGAUGCGCCCGAACUUGCCCACUUUGGUAACCCGGCGCAACCAUUCUCGAAAGAAGCGUUCGACUUUCUGACGAGUCUUGUCAACCAAAGGAAAGUGACUGUCGACCUGCUCAGUAAAGAUCGCUAUAAUCGCAUUGUAGGCAUGGCUUCUGUCCGGCGAUGGCGAUUUUUCCCGUUUACUCAGAACGUCAGUUUGGCGAUGGUUCAGAAAGGUCUAGCCACAGUUUACAGAUCGGCAGGGGCUGAGUAUGGGCGGUAUGCUUCCCAACUGGAACGAGCGGAAGUAAUAGCCAAAAGGAAAAAGCUAGGGAUAUGGUCGUUGAGCGCGUCCGAGUUCGAAUCGCCAAAAGAUUACAAACUCAAACACUCUUCGUCUUCGUCGUCCUCCUCAUCGUCAUCAUCAACCUCCACUAAGAGUGCUGUCAAACCAUAG